UGUCACUGCUGCCGGAUCAGCCGCCCUGGCAUCCAGCCCGGCCAAGUGUAUGAGUGGUGACCCGCACGUCAGCCCCGGGGCAUGCAGUUUCAGAUUCCAGAGACUGAGCUGGCUCUGAGCCCUGCUGAGUCAACUCUGUUCUUCUCGCCCCCGUGUGCCAAGCCAACCUGCCUGGGGGUUCUUCCUGGCAGGCAAGUUUUUCUUUGCCAGCCUCAAUUUCCCAACAGAGUAUAGUGGAGCAGGACGGGAGGGAGGGGAGGAAUUUAGUCAACGUUUGUUAAACGAAUGCUUAGCCUUUUGGAGUGAACAUGGUCGGCCCCACAGCCUUAGUUCUUCCUUUGUUCCAAGUUUGCCCCUACCCCAGGCUCAGAGUGUUGGGCUCUCUCUUACAGAACAGAGGGACUGUUUGUUGAAUGAGUGAAUGAGUGAAUGAGUGAAUAAAUGAAUGAGGAGUUAGGAACCCUUCUUUCCGUGUAUCACCUCUUCCUGUUCUGAGGUUUCUGCUUUGAUACAGGAAAAGGCUCACGACACUGCAGACCCUGGGUGGGGGUGGGGGGCAAGCGGGGGAGUGAGCCCUGAGCUGGAGUCUUAACAAGAUAGACCGGGAGCCACCCCGAAGGGGCACUCAGUUGUGGGAAGCGGGAUGAGGGACGUCAGGGGAUCCGACAAACACAUCUGCAGUGACGAAUCCUUGAGCGGGAAGGAGCGUGGGAGUCCAGAGUCGUCUCCCUGGUCGUCCAGCCUGGUCGCGAGCUGCUCUCCGAGAAGUCUCCGGGGGCGGGGAUGUUUCAGGUGUCCCGGGCCUGCCCGGCCUGGCUGGACUCAGCGCACCGGGGCCCUUUCUUAUUCGUCUCUCUCUCCAGCUUUUGACUUGGGGAGGGGGGUGGGGGGUCACGGGUACCGCUGAGCGCGGCGGGUGCAGCGUGGAGGGUUUGGGAUUCCGGUGUUUGGAAGGGGGCCCCCGUGAGGGUCACGUCUUCCACGGUCCGCAGAGGAGACGCUCCAGGGCCUGCUGGAGGAGCCAGAGUUUUGCACCCCGAGGGCGCCCCCCACCCCCAACUCCCCGGCCGCUGGCUCCCAGAACCCUACCCCCGGCCGCACGCUCCGCCCCCGGCACUCCCUGCGCCCCGCCUCCGAGGCUCCCCUUUCCCUCUCUCCGCGGGCUUAUAAAAAGGGGGCGUCGCGGGGACUAGCCAAGCCCCAAAGGCUGGCGGCUGUGAUCGGAGCCUUCCUUGCGGCUUCUGAACGCCAGUGAGUCUCCGCCAGGACGCCCGCGUCGCCAGCCCUCGACUCUCCGGCCCGCGCCUCCGCCUUGCGCUCCCGCGUCCGGGCCACCCGGAAGGAUGCGCCGUGCGCCGACGGCCUCGGCAGCCUUGGUGCUGUGCGCCGCCACCGCCGGGCUGCUGAGCGCGCAGGGCCGCGCGGCGCCCGCCGAGCCUCCCGAGCCGCCGCGCUUCGCGUCCUGGGACGAGGUGAACGUGCUGGCGCACGGGCUCCUGCAGCUGGGCCACGGGCUGCGCGAGCACGUGGAGCGCACCCAGGGGCGGCUGGGCGCGCUGGAGCGGCGUCUGGGCGCGUGCGGGGCGGCCUGCAAGGAGUCCGGGGGGUCCGCCGCGCCCCCGCGCGCGCCCGAGGGUCUGGGCCCCAGUGGCGAGGCUGCCCCCGAGACCCUCGGCAGCCUGCAGACUCAGCUCAAGACCCAGAACGGCAGGAUUGAGCAACUCUUCCACAAGGUGGCCCAGCAGCAGCGGCACCUGGAGAAGCAGCACCUGAAAAUCCAGAAUCUGCAGAGCCAGGUGAGCCUCCUGGCCCCCAUGCACCUGGGCCACAGGAUGGCCAAGCCUGGCAGGAAGAAGAGGCUACCCAAAAUGGCACAGCUCGUUGGCCCUGCUCACAAUAUCAGCCGCCUGCACAGACUGCCCAGGGACUGCCAAGAGCUGUUUGAAGAGGGAGAGCGACAAAGUGGACUAUUCCAGAUCCAGCCUCAGGGGUCCCCACCCUUCCUGGUUAACUGCAAGAUGACCUCAGAUGGAGGCUGGACUGUAAUUCAGAGGCGCCAGGAUGGCUCCGUGGACUUUAACCAGCCCUGGGAAGCUUACAAGGCUGGCUUCGGAGACCCCCAAGGUGAGUUCUGGCUGGGCCUGGAGAAGGUUCACCGCAUCACGGGGGACCGCGGCAGCCGCCUGGCUGUGCAGUUGCAGGACUGGGAGGGCAAUGCGGAGUCUCUGCAGUUCCCCGUCUAUCUGGGUGGUGAGGACACAGCCUACAGCCUGCAGCUCACAGCUCCCGUGGCCAGUGAACUGGGUGCUACCACUGUGGCACCCAAUGGCCUCUCCCUGCCCUUCUCCACUUGGGAUCAAGACCACGACCUCCGUGGGGACAAGAACUGUGCCAAGAGCCUCUCCGGUGGCUGGUGGUUUGGCAGCUGUGGCCAUUCCAACCUUAAUGGACAGUACUUCCGUUCCAUCCCACACCAGCGGCAGCAGCGUAAGAAGGGCAUCUUCUGGAAGACCUGGAGGGGCCGCUACUACCCGCUGCAGGCCACCACAAUGCUGAUCCAGCCGACAGCGGCUGAAGCAGCCUCCUAGCCUCCCCACUGGGGCCUGGCUCCCAGGCUCGUAGACAACAGUGACUUUGACUCUGGCCCAGCGUGUGGCCACUCCCCGCUCAGGCAGGGGCUCGAGACGGGGGCCAUCUGGAGCCUCACGGACAGAGAAGAUGCUCACGACUGGAGAUGCCCCCUUUCUGAGUGGCGGGGUGCAAGUGAUACCCUCUGAGGGCAGAGCUACAGGGUUGCAGGGCACAGAGCCAGGAAGCGUGAGACGGAGGGGCAUUGAGGCCCGCUUCUUGCCCGCCUAAGGAGUCGAGGACACAGAGGGACCACUCGGGGGCAGCCGAGCCAGCCCUCGACGGCGGAUUCAGUCACAUUGACUGGCUGGGGGACCAGGGCUCCCGUGGGCCCCCAGUGCCCUCACAGUGCUCUCGUGUGUGGGUGCUGUGGGAUGAGCCGGUGCCAAUGACAUCCGGGUGGAGCUCACCCAAUUCUUGCAAUAAAAGCAACCUCAGCACA